GGGGCGGUUGCAGGAGGCUGGUGGGGAAGAAGGCGGCGAGGCGGAGAAGAAAAAAAGUUCGGCGCACUCUGAAAAUUUCAGAAUUUAAAGACCAUCCAGUCUGCCCCACGCUGACCCGGUCUUUCCUUCUUCGUGCGCCAGACUCAAUUUACUCGAAGACUCGCACAUCAGCAACACCACCAAUCUUCAGAAUGGCGGACGAAGUCUACGACGGUGCCAUUGGCAUCGAUCUCGGCACCACCUACUCUUGCGUUGCCACGUACGAGGGCACCAAUGUCGAGAUUAUCGCCAACGAGCAGGGUAGCUUCACAACGCCCUCGUUCGUCUCCUUCACCGAGGAGGAGCGCCUGAUUGGUGAGGCGGCCAAGAACCAGGCCGCCAUGAACCCGAAGAACACGGUCUUCGAUGUCAAGCGUCUGAUCGGCCGCCGCUUUGACGACCCUACCGUCAAGAAGGACAUGGAGUCAUGGCCCUUCAAGGUCGUCGAUGACAACGGCAACCCGAAGGUCGAGGUUGAGUACCUGGGCAGCACCCACACUUUCUCGCCUCAGGAGAUCUCCGCUAUGGUUCUCUCCAAGAUGAAGGAGAUUGCCGAGGUCAAGCUGGGCAAGAAGGUUGAGAAGGCCGUCAUCACUGUGCCGGCCUACUUCAACGACAACCAGCGCCAGGCCACCAAGGACGCCGGUGCGAUCGCUGGUCUCAACGUCCUCCGCAUUAUCAACGAGCCCACUGCUGCAGCUAUCGCCUACGGCCUUGGCUCUGGCAAGUCCACCAAGGAGCGCAACGUGCUCAUCUACGAUCUCGGCGGCGGUACCUUCGAUGUCUCGCUCCUCAACAUCCAGGGCGGCGUCUUCACUGUCAAGGCUACUGCUGGUGAUACCCACCUUGGUGGCCAGGACUUCGACACCAACCUUCUUGACCACUGCAAGAAGGAGUUCAUGCGCAAGACGAAGAAGGACCUUUCGGGCGAUUCCCGCGCUCUCCGGAGACUGAGAACUGCUUGCGAGCGCGCCAAGCGGACGCUUUCGAGCGGUACUCAGACCACCAUCGAGAUCGACUCCCUCUUCGACGGCGAGGAUUUCAACAUGCAGAUUACGCGUGCCCGUUUUGAGGAUCUGAACGCCAAGGCAUUCACCGGCACCCUCGAGCCGGUUGCCCAAGUUCUCAAGGACGCCAACAUUGAGAAGAGCCAGGUCGAUGAAAUCGUCCUCGUCGGCGGUUCCACGCGUAUCCCUCGCAUCCAGAAGCUCCUGAGCGAGUUCUUCGAUGGCAAGAAGCUCGAGAAGAGCAUCAACCCAGACGAGGCCGUUGCCUACGGUGCCGCCGUCCAGGCCGGUAUCCUCUCGGGCAAGGCCACCUCGGCCGAUACGUCUGACCUCCUCCUCUUGGACGUUGUUCCCCUGUCCCUGGGUGUCGCUAUGGAGGGCAACAUCUUCGCCCCCGUCGUCCCCCGCGGCCAGACCGUCCCCACCAUCAAGAAGAGGACAUUCACGACGGUCGCCGACAACCAGCAGACCGUCCAGUUCCCCGUGUACCAGGGUGAGCGCGUCAACUGCGAGGACAACACCUCUCUGGGUGAAUUCACCUUGGCUCCGAUCCCUCCCAUGAAGGCUGGCGAGCCCGUCCUCGAGGUUGUCUUCGAGGUCGAUGUCAAUGGUAUCCUCAAGGUUACCGCCACCGAGAAGACGUCUGGCCGCAGUGCCAACAUCACCAUCUCCAACUCUGUUGGCAAGCUCUCGGCUAGCGAGAUCGAGAGCAUGAUCAGCGAUGCCGAGAAGUUCAAGAGCAAGGACGAGGCUUUCAGCAAGCGGUUCGAGGCUAAGCAGCAGCUCGAAUCGUACAUCUCGCGUGUAGAAGAGAUCAUCUCCGACCCCACUCUGUCUCUCAAGCUCAAGCGGGGCCAGAAGGACAAGAUUGAGCAGUCGCUGAGCGAGGCCAUGGCCCAGCUCGAGAUUGAGGAGUCCACGGCUGAGGACCUGAAGAAGAAGGAGCUUGCUCUCAAGAGGCUGGUUACCAAGGCCAUGUCCUCGCGGUAAACAACUUAACGCUUGAUGGAUGACUAGUCUCGACCACAUAGAGAUAUGGGGGCGUAUUGGGCGGCGAUUACGAAG